GUUUUGAAGCAUUUCGAAACUCAAAUCAAAAUUCAAAUGGCGGGCUAAACUUCGAUUGAGUCUCUCUCCCUCUCUUUGGUGAUGGAACAAAUUAGCAACAACGCUGGUGGAGAUACUACGAAGAAGACUAUGGCGUCUCUGGGUCUCAUAUGUGAGAAAGAUAUAGAUAAACAGCGUCACAAAAUCGAUUCCUUCAUCGCUUCUCCUUUCCGGAGAUCGAAGAACUCUUUAGUGGAGCGAGCUCAAGCCACUGCCCAAAACCAAGUGGAACUAGUGAAUUUGAAAGCGAAUCUGAGAGAAGCAGAGGAUGAGCUCGUUAAAGUGUUGGCAGUGAAAACCCGUAAAGAGGCACGGCAAAUGGGGAUAAGGGAUUCCAUUUCUGCAACACAAUCUAGGAUUGAAGUGCUUAGAAGAACUUUGCAGUUACAGAAGUCAAAGAAGGAAGAUUCUGUGAGAAUUAUCUCCCAACAGUUGCAAGCUUUGUCAACAUCUAAGGAUAAUGCUGAUAAAGUCACUGAAGACAAAACAGACAUCCAUGAAGCCAUUUCUUGGUAUAAUCAGGCUCUCGGUUUUCACGUUGAAGCUGGACAUGGAGUCAAAUUCACAUUCACCAACAUUGAUGCAAAAAGGCCGACCCGUGAAUUUUCGUUAACAGUUCACUAUGGAAAUGACAUCUACACACUAUUGGAUUGCGACCUGCAAUUGGAAGACAUCAACGAUAUGGUUCAAGAAUUGAAUAAGACCAAUGACCUUUUCAGAUUUGUUCGUCUGAUGAGGGUUAAGUUUCUGAAAUCCACUUUAUCUGAGUUGCCAACACAUUCAGAACAUCUGCAACAGGAAACUUCUGUCAUAUCUGCUUCAGCUCCAGCUAUAUCAUUUUCCACUGAUACAAACAUGUCAACUCCAGAAAACAAGAGAUCUAAGGUUCAAGUGAAUCGGCGACAAAAAAGAGCUAGCGAAUCACCACUCCUAUCUCCUGUAUCCGCAUCUGCCACUCGCCGGUCUUCUCGCCUUAAGGGUAAGAAAUGAAGGUGCAGCUCUGUUUUCCUUUACACAAGCAUCAAGGAAUAUACUAAAGCGUAGAUGAUGCUGCAGAACUAUUGACAACAACAAUCUGUUGUUUGUAAUCACGCUUAUUUACAAUGUUGAUUUCUCUACUAGUGUGGGUGUUAUGCUUAUACACCAAUCAAUGAUGGAGCUCGCGGGACUAGAUUUUUAUUGAUGUAAUCUCGCGCUUCUCUGUUUCUAGAUUUGGUACACUAAUGGAUGUUUGACUAGCUUAAUUAAGAUUGCGCAUUAGAGAUAAUGAUGGAUACUUGAGCCA